CAACAACAGUCACACGUUUCCGCGCCUCUCCCAUCCAAAUCAAAACCCAACUCUUCUGACUUGAACGUCUCAUGAAUUAGUUGUUAAUGUUGUUGUCGUACAGAUGCGACACUAAUAUAGAAUGAGCGGGUGUUCCGUGAACGUCUCAUCGUCAGCAUGGUCGCUCGGACGCUGCACGAGCUCGUCGCCGCCGCCGCCUCACUGCACCCGGACAGAACAGCUGUGAAGUAUGACGCCGGGUCCGGGAGCCCGGCGUCCCUGCUCCGGUACCGGGACCUGAUGGAUCUGGCCGGUGAGCUGGCUGGUGUUCUGCGGCAGAACUGCUCCCCUGGUACCGGAGUGAUGGGGCUGUACUGCUCCGAUGAUCUGUUCACUCCGGUCUGGAUCCUAGGCAUCCUGCAGACCCCGGCUGCUUACGUCCCUCUGGACCCAGACGCCCCGGGUCUCCUCACAUCCAGAGUCCUGGACCGGGUCGGCCUCCAGUUCUGCGCCGUGAAGACCGACGAGCUGCAGCGCUUCCAGGACGCCGUCGGCGACCACGCCUCCGUGGAGGUCCUCUCGUCGCUGCCCAAGUUCAGGCUGACCCUGGUGCGGCUGGCUCCACGGGGACCAGAACACGGCGGCGCCCGGGCGGCAGGUGGAGCCGCCGCCCCCACGGCCGGGGGGUCACGGGAGGCGGGGCCCGGAGACCUGGCGUACGUGCUGCACACGUCCGGAACCACCGGGCUCCCAAAGAUCGUGAGGGUGCCGCACAGGUGCAUCCUCCCCAACAUCCUGCACCUGAGGUCUUUGUUCCAGAUGAGCCCAGACGACGUGGUUCUCCUGGCCUCGCCGCUGACCUUUGACCCCUCGGUGGUGGACGUGUUCCUGGCCCUGUCGUCGGGGGCUCAGCUCCUCGUGGUGCCGGCCGCGGUGAAGAGGAGCCCCGGCCGCCUGACCCGGCUGCUGUUCACCGACAACCAGACCAGCGUCCUGCAGGUCACGCCGACGCUGCUCGGCCGCUUCGGUCGCCGCGCCCUGCGACAGGAAGUGCUGUCGCCCGGCUCGCCGCUGCGCCUCCUGGCUCUGGGCGGCGAGGCGUGCCCCUCGCCGGCGGUGCUGAGGAGCUGGAGGCACGAGGACAACCGCACGCUCAUCUUCAACCUGUACGGCGUCACCGAGGUGUCCUGCUGGGCCUCCGCCCACCACAUACCGGAGUCCGUGCUGCGGGGCGGCGGCGACGCCUCCUCCGUGCCUCUCGGGGUUCCUCUGAUGGACACGGCGCUGGAAGUGAGGGACGAAGGCGGCCGCGUCGUUACCGAGGGGGAGGGCCAGGUGUUCAUAGGCGGAGAGGACCGAGUGUGUCUCCUGGACGACGAGGAGGAGGCGGUCGCCGGGACGAUGAGAGCCACCGGAGACUGGGUGGAGGUCCGGGGCGCCCAGAUGUUCCACCUGGGGCGCAGAGACCGGCUGGUGAAGCGCCACGGGAAGCGGGUCCACCUGGACGGCGUGCAGCAGCUCAUCUCCAGUCUGCCUGAGGUGGAGGUCUGUGUGGUGGCUCUGCACGGGGGCCAGAGGCUGCUCGCCUUCGUCGUGGCGUCCGCGGCCGAGCGUGGUGAGGUCGUCCGCCCGUCAGCCCCGCCCCCUGACGGAGAUCUGAGGAGACUCAUCCUGAACCAGCUGUCGCUGCUGCUGCCGUCUCACAGCAUCCCCGACACGCUGGUGCUGGUCCCGGCCUUGAGCAUGACUCCGCAUGGUAAAGUGGACAUGGAGGCUCUGAUGGAGACGCACCAGAGACGAGGGCGGGUAGCGUCCACCGAACUGAAGCCGACCCUGAGCUCCUUGUGGCAGGAAGCUCUCGCUCUGCCCGAGGACGCCGCCGUCGACGAGGCGUCCAAUUUCCUGUCGAGCGGCGGAGAUUCUCUGAAGGCGCUGCACCUGCACGAGGAGAUCCUCGCCGCCGCCGGCGCCGCCACCUCGCCGGAGCUCCUGGAGGUCAUCCUCGACGGGACCUUCUCGGACGUCCUGCGCCACGUCGAGAGAGCGGCGGCGGAGAGCGAGAAACGCCACGCCGACGAACGCCACGCCGACGAACCCCCCGCGCUGCUCGCCAAGAGACAACGCACAACCGCCGUUGAAGACGCAACACCGGCCGGCGAGGUCACCGGAGACGAGGUCCUGGGCCUGGAGCUGAGCUGGUCCUCGGACACGGGCCGCUGCGUGGACGCCUCCCCGGUGCUCCUGGCUUCGGCCGGCGGCGCGACGGCGUUCAUCGGCUCCCACUCCCACCGGAUCCAGGCGUUAGACCUGACCGCCGGGCGCCUCCUGUGGGAGCGCGUCCUCGGGGGCCGGAUCGAGGCCUCGGCCGCCGUCUCCCGCUGCGGCCGCCUCGUGGUCGUAGGUCGGCGCUCCGAAAUACUCCGUGAAGAAUAUCUGCACGUGUUGUUUGCCCAUAUUUAUAUAUUUUAUUUUGGUGCGGUGUGGAUUUUUUUCUCUCCAGGUUGCUACGACGGCCGCGUCUACUUCCUGUGCGCCGCGUCCGGGGAGACGCGCUGGACUUUCCAGACGGGAGACGCCGUGAAGAGCCGCGCCGCCGUGGACCCCCUCACCGGUCUGGUGAUGGUGGGCUCGCACGACGGCCACGUCUACGCCCUGGACCCCGAGGGCGAGCGGUGUGUUUGGAGGCGUCACUGUGGGGGCGGAGCCGUGUUCUCCUCGCCACGCCUCCACCCGUCACUCAGACGGCUGUACGCCGCCUCGCUGGGAGGUCGUUUCCUCUGCCUCGACCCCGACACCGGCGCCGUCCUGUGGUCGCACCGCCGGGACGUCCCGUUCUUCUCCUCGCCCGACGCCGCCGCCGGUCGGGUGGCCGUCGGCUCGGUGGACGGAAACAUCUGUUGCUAUAGCGACGAGGGGGAAUUGGUGUGGCAGUUCUUAACCGAAGGGCCCGUCUUCUCGUCCCCGCGCGUCACCCCCGACCACCAGGGGGUGCUGUGCGGGUCGCACGACGGCCGCCUGCGCCGCGUGAGCCUCGCCGACGGCUCUCCGGUUUGGUCCUUCCGGGCCCCGGGGAAGGUGUACUCCAGUCCCUGCGUGCUGGACGGCUCCGUGGUGGGCCGGGGGGGGACCCUGGUGGUCCUGGCCUCCACGGACGGCACCGUGGGGGUCCUGGACGGGCGCGACGGGCGCCUGCUGGCCUCGCUCCGGCUGCCCGGGGAGCUGUUCUCCUCGCCGGCGGCUCACGGGCGCUCCGUCGUCAUCGGCUGCCGCAACGACUUUGUUUAUUGUUUGAAUCUCACCGUCAAAAAAGGAACAUGAGAUGGAUUUAUUAUUUUUUUAUUCAUUGUCUUUUAUUGGAAUUUUAGUAAAUUCUAUUGUAUAGCAUUUAGGAUGUUUUAAAUAUUUUACGAAAAGUG